GUCGAAGACGUGCACACGGUUUAUUUGUGUAGCGCAUGAGGCUCCCCAAGGCAGUGUUACUGUCACUUGUGAUUUGAAUACUGUCACUUGGCAUCAUCAUUUCUACUUCCAGGUUCACGUAAGUACGCUCAUGCAUUAUAUCUUGUCUUGAUUAUUGUAUGAACAAGAACAAUCCUCCCGUUCUAAUAUAGAGUUACUAGAGACUCCUCUUGCUGUAGAUGAUUCUCUGCUACAUCUGAAGAUUCCUCCAGCUCCAAGAACUAAGGACUGCUAUACUCUCUUCUUGUCAACAUCUUUGUUGUAAGUAAGUAGUGUCGAGUCGUUUACGAUUGAGUAAGUAAGUAGUUUCGAUUGAGUAAGUGAGUAGUUUUGAUUUUACAGACACACAAAUGCCGCUCUGCCAGCAUUCUCCGUUGGACCGACCGUGGCAACCGGUGACAGAUCUAAACCACCUCGUUUUGCACUAUGAAAAGGUGAAGAAGCGGAAUCAGGUUGGAAGCUCUCCGAGAGCAUCUGGAGCUUCUCCUGCACCAGCGGUUGUUUCUCAUUCUCCGAAACGUAAAUCACCUGGCGGCAGGAGUAGACAUCUGAGCAGUAUUAAUCAAAUGGGAGUCGUCGGAGAUCAAUUUCAACUACAAGCAGGAGAACAUCAAGAAUUGAUUCAAGGUUCAGAGGGAAGACAAUACUAUGUAGUGGAAGAAGCACCACUAGGACAUGGAGGUCACGGACAUGGUCACGGAGUCCAUCAUAACGACACAAACGUAGAAGCUCUGCAUCUACCACGUCCAGACAGCCCAGUCACGGUGAAGGGAGCAAAGCCGCAACAUCUGUUUGAAGAACAAGAACAGAUGCAGCAGGUGCAGGUGGAUGCAGAUUAUCAAUAUAUUAAUUACCAGCAUCAUGUUGAGGUGGACGCAAUGCCAUAUGAUGGUGAGCCAUACGUGCUUAGUCCAAUGAGUAGACGCACUCCUGCAGCAGCAGCUAGGAGUCCUACUUACACUCGACAGCAGCAAGUACAACUACAACAGGAACAACAAGAUCAAUCAACUUUCUCUCCUCGUCCAGUACAACAAGCCAGGUGGAACGCGAAUACUCACAUCCGACACCAUCAGGACUACACUCUCCUGAACUCUCCGCAUCAGUAUUCGGAUGACAGAAAAGACCGAGAGCAAGCUAUUGCCGAGUACCGGAAAAAGAAAGAGCAGAUCCCACAUCCAGUGCGGAUGAUGCCUGAAGAGGAAAGAAAGGAAGCCCUGAACGCUGUGCGGGAAAUCUACAAGCAGAUGAUGGAAACAGGGAAGAGGAUAAAAAUCCCAAACGAGACCGACGGAAGCUCUUUUUCCAUGUCUAAAGAUGAUUGUGCAGCAGCGAUAAAGGCUUUGAGCGCUAAAAGGAUUUACGUACUGUGUGAUGAAGAACGAGGAAACCAAAUGCUCAAUCAAGUAAGUGGGAUCAGUGACUACAACACUAACGCCUUAACAUCUCCCUUCACGAGUCCAACACGGGCUAAGAAAGCAGCCGAACAAUUCUAUGCGGAGCAUCCGCCAUUCCAACUGUUUCAGAGCUGUUAGACUCGAAUAGAUGAUGUUGAUGAGAAAACGGGUUAGUACACCACAUACUCAUAGUCAAACUCAUAGUACUAUAUGGGAAAGGGAAUGAUAAUGGGUCUGAAAUACAAAGCAUACACGCAUCUACCGUUCAUACCAACUUGAUGACAUGGGUAAAGAAUGAAGAUCGUGAGCAAGAGGCUUUUCGUGACAUCUAUCAACACAUUAUUCUUACUUUAGCCUAAGAAAUUUAGAUUUGUGAAUUGAACGGGAUAUACACAUAGAGAAAAAUUAAUGAAAAAGCCCUCCUCUACCUCCAUCAAUACUAUUGAAUUACUGAAUAUCGCUGAAUACCGUUGACAAUACAGAGUCAAAUAAUUAACGAACAUUCACUCUCUUGAAGUUGAAAUUAAUGAAAAUCGAUGACCAUUGCAUAGUUAGGGCAGGUGCUCUUCGCAACCUGACUGCGGCAUGGGGACAACUACGUGUAUCCUUCCUUUUUGGUUGACAUUAGCAAUGAUCCGUGCAUCAUCUUCAAUCUCAGCAUACACUGCACAAUGCGACAAGGCAGUGUUCUCGCAAUUUGCAAAAAAGUAUUAUCAGUUCAGAUGCCUGUCUCUGCUGGCCGUAGUGCUCUACAGCUUCAUCCAGUCUGUCACAACGAACAACAACAGGACAAGCAUUAGCACUAAGGCAGGAGGAG